CUUCUAUGUCGCCCUCCUUGUCCAGUAGAAUUCCUUUAGCUUUUGCUUAUUUCUUUCUUUCUUUCUUCUUUAUUCUUUCUUCCUCUUCCAGAUCCCACCGCCUCAUCUCUCUUCCUCCGCUCAGACUGUCGUUCUAACUCGUCUUUUGAUCUUUGUUCUUUGGACCAAUUCUCCGUCUCCUUCUAGCUUUCUCCCUCUAAUCCCUGUUCGUCUUCUUCACCCAAAAAUCAAUUUGUACCGGGUUGGUUCCAUCAAAAUUCGAUUAGUGAAGCAUGACGGCGUUGUACACCACCGCCAUCACCGUUGUUGUCGCCGUCCUCACCAAUCUCCCAUGCAAUCGCAACGCCAACGAACAGACCAGGUGUAGCUCAUUUGCUUGUGUUUCCCACAGAUUACUAUUCUUCCAAUUUCAUCAGGAAGCCUUCCAUACGAGAAAGAUGAUGAUGACAGCAGAUGCGGCGCUGCUGCUAGUAGGCACGCCUAUAAUUUGGCUUCAAGAAAAGCCCAACAAGCAGUUUUUUCGUAGCUUGGAGGAGGUCUCUAGCUACAGAUUGGCUUGGGAAGUUGCCGAAGGCAGAUGGUCUGAAAAACCAUCCACCAAACAUCAGCUCCACAUCCAAAAUUUGGGCUCAAAAAACCAUCCACUAAGGAAAUAG